AAGAAAAUCCCUGUCGCUAGCGAUUAUAAAAAUCAGAAAGCAAUAAGUAGUGAAAAAGAAUCAGUGUCGAGUGGUAAUUUUAGUGAAAAUUCAUAAGAAAACUUGUGUUUUUACACAAUAAAAAUAAGAUUGUGCGAUUAAAAAGAAGUCUUCCUCAUAAAUAGUGCUAAACACAGCAGCUUUCAUAAAAAAUAUUUUCAUUAUUAUUCGGCAUCCGCUUAAGCGGUCUAGAAGAAUCUGCACAACAACAAACUUUAAUUUCUUAGAUAAGAUGAAAUUAAUACUAUCUACACUUUUAUUAGUCGGUUUGGCUACCAUACCGCUGCCGGCAUCCGCUUUGUAUUCGCCAAGCGAUGACGUGGUGGAAUUAACGCCCUCUAACUUCGAUCGUCUCGUCGUCGAUGAUGAUGCCGUUUGGGUUGUUGAAUUCUUUGCACCAUGGUGUGGUCAUUGCAAAUCCCUCGUACCAGAAUAUAAGAAGGCGGCCAAGGCUCUGAAGGGUGUAGUGAAAGUUGGCUCAGUGAACGCUGAUGAACAUCGUUCGCUAGGCGGUCAAUAUGGUGUUAAAGGUUUCCCAACCAUUAAAAUCUUCGGCGCUAAUAAGCGUUCGCCCAUUAGCUACAGCGGCCAACGCACAGCUAAAGCUAUUGCGGAGGCGGCACUAGCUGAAGCCAAAAAGAAGGUGCAAGAUGUUUUAGGUGGCGGCAGUAGCAGUAGCAGCAGCGGCAGCGGCAGUGGUGGUUCAGAUGCCGUCAUUGAAUUGACUGAUGACAACUUUGACAAACUGGUUUUGCAAUCCGAUGAUGUGUGGUUGGUUGAAUUCUUUGCACCAUGGUGUGGUCAUUGCCAGAAACUGGCACCUGAAUGGGCUAAAGCUGCUAAGGAGCUGAAGGGCAAAGUUAAAUUGGGCGCAUUGGACGCCACAGCACACCAGAGCAAGGCUUCGGAAUAUGGUAUUCGCGGUUAUCCCACAAUUAAGUUCUUCCCAGCCGGUAAGAAGAGCAGCAGUGAUGCUACAGAAUAUGAUGGCGGUCGCUCUGCUUCCGAUAUUGUCAGCUGGGCGCUUGAAAAACACGUCGACAGCGCACCUGCUCCAGAAUUAUUCGAGAUUUAUGAUGAAAGCUCUUUCGAAAAAGCUUGUGAGGGUAAGCCACUUUGCGUGGUCUCAGUGCUGCCACACAUCCUGGACUGUGAUGCCAAAUGUCGCAACAAAUUCCUCGAUACAUUGCGUGGAUUGGGUGAAAAAUACAAGCAGAAAUUAUGGGGAUGGGCCUGGGCUGAAGGUGGUGCACAAAGCAGCUUAGAAGAAUCGUUGGAAAUCGGCGGCUUCGGUUAUCCUGCUAUGGCUGUAGUGAAUUUCAAGAAAAUGAAGUUCUCGGUAUUGAAGGGCUCCUUCUCCAAGGAUGGCAUCAAUGAAUUCCUGCGUGACAUUUCCUAUGGACGAGGUCAUACUGCUCCAGUGCGUGGUGCUAAGAAACCAGAAAUUGUCACUGUACAACCAUGGGAUGGCAAAGAUGGUCAAUUACCAGCUGAGGAAGAAAUCGACUUAUCAGAUGUCGAUUUGGAUGACACAAAGGAUGAGCUUUAAAGUAUCUUUAGUUGAAAUAAUUAAAAACCUGCUUAUUCAUGUCAAUAUACACUAAGACUUACCGAAGAAA